AUCAGCUGGCCUCCUGCUUUUGCUUAUCGAAACCUCGCUCCUAAAUAUCCCAUCAUCGUCGUCUGCCAUCCGCCGCCGGCCCGCCGCCACCACUGCACCGCCCACUAGCGAGUUGCUAGACGACUGGCCGGAGAUGGAUCCGGUGUGGUUAGAGUGGUUCCACAGGGACGGGGCGGAGCUCGCCAACCGCGGCCGUCGGCCGGAUCAUCUUGAUGAUGAGGACGAUCUCUACGUAGCCUUGGCCUUGGCUCCCUACGUUGAUCGCCACCGGCCUCGAACCCGUCCCCGAUCCCCAUCCCCAUCCCCGCCCUCACACGAGGACGCCGGGGACGACACUGCUGCUCGCAACAACAAACGUCCUUGCAUCCCCGCGUACAGCGAAGCCAUCCUGGGGCUCAAGGAGGUGGUGCCAACCGCUAAGCACGACGACGACUGUGCCAUCUGCCUCAACCCAUUGGCCGAUAUCGCUGGUCCUGAUCACAAGAAGGACGACGCGGCAGCUACGUCUAUGCUUCGGGCCAUGCCCUGCUCCCACAUCUUCCACCAGCACUGCAUCUUCCAGUGGCUCCAUCGCAACGCCGUCUGUCCUCUCUGUCGCUACCAGCUGCCCACCACUUUCGAGGACGAGGACACCGAAGUCGAGGAGGACGAGGAGGAGAUGGACAACACAAUUUCUCGAUUGAAUCAGAUCAGACGACGACUGCAGAUCUUGUACAACUAAAAAAAUUCAAACCGAGUAUAAAUUGAUUGUUUGAGGCUAUAAACAAAACAAUUGUCAACUAUAAAAUUAAAUAACAUUUUAAGUUCUACAACUUUUAUUUUGGUACUUUUUCAUCCGAGAUCGUUUGCAAAAUUUGUAUUUUAAAGUUUGUCAAAUUCAUAUGCAAUUUUGAUAGU